UUCUCCUCCUCCAGUAGCGGACCACAUACCAUCCUGAACAUUUGUGCUUUUAGAAGGCCUUUCAUUGCCAUCGAUCAUGCAACUGGCAUCCUUAGUCCUCCUGAUUGCUGUACAUGUGUCUGUACCAGUGGAUUGUAGGCCAAGGCUCCAGGAUUCAGAACAACUAGCUCAACAUCAGCAGGGUCGAUUGAACGUGGCAAAUGCAGAUACAUCUGCCGGUACGGGACGCUUCUACUCUGUGCUGAAUGGAUCAAUGAGACACAGCAUUUACAGCGGCUUUCUGGUCACGUUGCCUGUAAGAACAGCUACCAGCAACUUUGUGUCAAUAUUUGAUUUGAGAAGAAAACAUUUCAUCUGUAUGGACUUUAAGGGAAAGCUGUACAUAUCUAAGCAAAGGGACAGAGAAGACUGUCUCUUCCAGGACAUUUGGUUAGAUUUAGUAAGCCACCAUCAUGUGUUUUACUCUACAAGCGGGAGAAGGCUGCUCAGACUACAAGGAGGUCAUCUGCGAGUGGCACAUGGCAAGCCGCCUGAACACUACUUAGCCCUGCUGAAGAGGCUCUUGAAUCCCGCGGUUAAAAGACAGAGAAGAAGCGAAGAGGUGAACCCCUCUGAUCCUUUACGAACAGAAGCAAAUCCCUCACGUUCUGGAAAAGAUCUCAGAGAUGCAGAUCACGUUUGGCCUGAACAGGAUCAGACGGGUGCUGUGUCCAAAGAGACCAUCGCCUCCUGCGACGACCCCCUGUCCGUCUUACAGCCCAACGCGCCUGGAAGUCCUGUGAAGACCAACAUUGCAGACCGGGCAGACCAAGCCUAAGUCGCCCAGCAUCACUCAUUCAUAGAAGCUAUUUUCUGGGAUAAAUCUGGCUGACCAUUAAGAGCCAUCAAAACCGUAGUCCCUUAUUUCUAGAUCUGGUUGAAAAGUUGUUGAUUAGAGGCCGAACUGACAUCUAAACACUGCACAGUCAUCGAGGCUGAAGUCGGUUCAAAAGCAAAAGUUUAUUAGACACAGAUAACAGCCGUCGCUUCAAUAAUGCACAUGCAGGUGUCUGUUUUUGUUCAUUGGGAUGUGAAAUGGAUGGACAAUAAAACAGUGUCUGCUUCAGGUCCACAACUAGAGUUAGUGGAUGGUCAUUUUUCAAAAUAUUAAAACACAUCUAUGCUAUUUAUAUAUGCAUAUAUCUACACGUAAGCAGGUUAUGUCUCAGUGUCUGAUGCAUGGUGUGUCAGCUUCUCACAGGGUGGGGCAGCAUGUCAGUGCUGCCUGACAGUAACAGUGUGUGGGUUUGAAUCUGCUGGUCGUCUGAGGAGUUUGCACUGUCCCAAAAAAGGAAGAUCAUGUUUGUAAUGAACUCAAACGAUGCGUUUGCACUUGUAAAGUCAUGCUUUGCUAAGUGGGGAGAUACUGACCUUCUUCUGGAGUUUUUAUGGAGAUAACCCUUUUAUAUGUACUCAUAAACCAAGUUACAUCACAGGGGCUCGUGCAGGUCUCCUGUUUGAAUUGCAGAUAAUGGUCUGGGAACACUCGACAUAAGUUUGGUCCAGUUUCCUGCUGUCCUUUAACCUCUUUGGUGAGGAGAAUUUGAACCCCUGGGUCAGAUAUGGCAAUAUUUGUUCAAAUAACUGUUUAAAUCAUCCAACAAUUCUUGAACUGUUGCUGAAAAACAGCAAUAAGAACAACAAAAAGACAAAUGAUACUGUUGUGACUGGGGAAAAAAACAAUAUCUCCUGUAUGCAACUUCCAUAAAAAUGUUAAAAAUAUAUCAGGUGCUGGACACCAAGAGUCACAGCAAUAAAAAAGUAUUUAUUUAUUGAACUGUCUUAAUGAUGUCCUUACUCGCCUACUGUUUUAUUAUUUAUACAUAUUGGUUGGUGUAUCAUUUCUGAUGUUAAUAAAAUAAACUGUACGUAU